AUGCUGUCGCAGGGAACAGCCGGAGCCUUAGCAAAGCUUCCGUUGCUGCAAUUACAAAGGCCAGACCUGAUCAUUCUUCUGGGAGCGCGUACUGGAAUGUUCCUUGGCGGCCGGAGUGGAGCCAUUAUUCCAAGUGAAGGAUGCAAAUUGCUGCAGGUGGACUGUGAUGGAAGUGAAAUUGGCCGCACUUUGCCUGUUGACCUGGGCAUAAUAUCCGAUAUAGAUUCCUUCGUUACUGCGAUGAACUCGAAAGUCACAACUGUCUUUCAAAAGAGGGUCGACAAGUCCUGGGUGCAAUCUGUUCUUGGUCUCGCAUUUUUAGAAUCCGCAUUCGAGAAGGAACCUGAGCAAACAUCCUCUGGGGCUCUUCAUCCAUACCAUGCGUUGAAGCAGGUCAUGUCCGCCAUCGAGCCUGGAAGCAUCAUAGUCCUUGACGGUGGCGAAGCAUCUGCCUGGGCAGCCGACCUUGCUGCCCACUCGCAUCCGAGUGUUGUGCUCACAUCUACGGGAUAUCUUGGCUUCUUGGGUAAUGGAUUCGGAUAUUCGUUGGGGUGUGCUAUUGCGGAUCCUGAGCGCAAAGUUGUCAAUAUACAAGGAGAUGGCUCAUCCGGCUUCCAUUUGAUGGAGCUAGAUACUUACAAGAGGUUUAAACUGAACAUCAUGACGGUUAUUGUCAACAACUCCAGCUGGGGCAUGAGUUCCAACGGUCAGGACAUUGUGUAUGGAUCGAAGAAUCCGGCUCGACUUGCCAGUUCGCUCAACCCUGCAACCGAGUACGACGUGGUGGCUCGGGGAUUGCAGAACGCAGCCGCCAAGAUCACGCGCAUUUCCGAGAUCAAAACUAUAGUCAAUAAGCUUCAGGCUGAGCCUGGACCGAGUUGUAUCAACCUGGUUGUUGAUCGAAAGCCGGUGCAUCCUAUCACCACGAUUAUGGUUGGUUUGACCGACGAUCCUCAUUCAGUGGUGGUGCCGUACUAUGACAAUGUUCCCCGAGCAUAUCAUAAACUGUAG